UUCUUCCCUUCGCCUUCUUGUUCCCUUCUAUUCCACAGUUAGAACUUUAGGAAUAUAAGCAGUGUGAUGAAGCUGACAUGCCUGCGGCUGCUCAUGGUGUCCGUCCUGGCUACUCUCCUCACGAUGUCAUCUGCAGAUCUGCAGUACGACUUCUACAACUCGUCGUGCCCAAACGCCGAGACAACGAUCAGGAAUGUCGUCUAUAGCCAGAUCGACGCCAACCCUAGUGUCGCUGCAGCCUUAAUUCGCCUGCUGUUCCAUGAUUGCUUUGUCAGGGGCUGCGACGCCUCCAUACUCCUGGACCCCUCCAGUGCCAACCCAUCGCCGGAGAAGUCAGUCAUCCCCCUAGCCCAAGCCGGGUAUCAGGCCGUGGACCAGAUCAAGGCGGCUGUCGAGGCCGUGUGCCCCGGGAAGGUCUCCUGCGCCGACAUCAUCGCCUUCGCCGCCCGCGACUCGGUCAACAAAUCCGCCGGCUUCUCCUACGCCGUCCCCGCAGGCAGGCGCGACGGCAGCGUGUCCACGGAUUUCUCCCUCCUCACCAACAUGCCGUCUCCUUCCUUCGGCAUCGCGGAUCUCGUGGGAAGUUUCAAGCGCAAGAACCUCGACGUGGACGACCUCGUGACACUCUCCGGGGCGCACACCAUUGGCGUGUCGCACUGCUCCAGCUUCACUAACCGGUUGUACCCGAGCGUGGACCCGGCCAUGGACGCCGGCUACGCGGCGGACCUGAAGGUCCCGUGUCCGGCGCCGCCGGGGCGCGGCGUGCCGGACAACCUGGUGAACAACAGCGCGGUGAUCACGACGCCCAUGACGUUUGACAACCAGUUCUACAAGAACGCGCUCGCCAGGCGAGUGCUCUUCACGUCGGACGCGGCGCUGAUGACCCGCAACGACACGGUGGCGAAGGUGACGGAGAACGCUGCCGACCUGGCGGCGUGGAAAGUGCGGUUCGCGGCGUCCAUGGUUAAGAUGGGGAACAUCGAGGUGCUCACGGGGACGCAGGGACAGGUCCGGAAGUACUGCCGCGCCAUAGGCAGCUAAUUAAAACAUUACUGUGCACGAAUUAAUAUACGCGAGGCAAAGCCUGGUCUACCUUUUGCUGAUAAUAUUUUUGUAUGUCUUUUGCUGAUAAUGUUUUUUUAUACAUUUCAUUCUACCACUGCCGGAAAACCUCCUGUUGCCGGAGGCUCCUGUCUUUGCUGGAGUUAAAGUUACUGUAAUAUCUUUUUUAGUUUUGUUUUCAGGAACUGUAAUAUCUCCGGUUAAAUGACUUUUUUUUAGAGGAA